UUGUUUUUGUAAUUUCUUUUAGGUUAAAUAGAAAACUUAAUUGUAAAAAAAAAACAAAAUGAAAUUCAUUUUAAGUGUCUUGUGUUUGUUCGCCGUUUUGUUGGCUGUCUCUGCUGAUGCUGAUUCUGCCCAUUUCAUACCCAAAGCUUUUUAUACCUUGGAUGCUGAAGGCCAUAAAUCUCAAGUGCAUCCCAUAAAUCCACACACCGCUCAUUAUUUGAGACGUUUGCGCAGACAAACCUAUACUUCAUCAUCCUCCUCGUCGUCUUCGGUGUCAUCCGAUGGUGGUCCAGCUUAUUUCAGCACACACACUGUAAACUCUCAUGGCACCGAUAAUGGGUAAGUA